AUGUCCAGCUCGUGCGACCCCAGCGCCUGCCUGCUGCGCUCUGGCGCGGGCGAGUGGCAUUCCGGCCAGUGGCAGUGGGCGAGCGAGGCACGCUGCUGCGGCUUUGGCGAGGUUGGGAGAGAAAGAGCUCGUGCACUCCUGCGCGGCCGCUCGCUCACAUUCGUGGGUGACUCCACCGCGCGGCGGUGGCUGUGGGCGCUCGUCGACUCGGUGGGCGGCAUGCGGCGGCGGCGUGGCCACGCUGUUCCAGACUCGAGCGCAGCCUUUGACUUCAAAGCCAUCGCGCUCAACGACUCGAUGUUCGACACGGCGCGCGCAUACCACGCGGGGCAGGCGGUGCUGCUGAACGUGAUGCUCGACCCAGAGCAGCUCUGCGGCGUGCCUCGCAGCGAGUGGACGGUGGACCGGCGGUUCGUGCACGCGGUCGAGAUGGGGCGCCCACCCCCGUGGAGCACGAUGCGGGGCGUGCGCUACCGCCUCCUCGUCGAGGUUGCGUUGCGACGCGGCGCAGACGCGAGGCGCUCGCAGCUGUCGGCGGGCGAGCUGCGGCGGCUGGAGGCGCAGGAGUGGAUGGACCAGCAGUGCUCCAAGGCGCUUGUCAGGCCGGCGGCGACCUCUCCCAGCGCGGGGCAACCGGCCGGCGGCGCAGGCGCGCAGCGCGCCACCCGCCUGACCAUCUCGAUGGGCACGACGAGCGGCUAUUGCGGGGCGCUCAUGCACCGCAUGGCCGCCAAGCUGCGCGACUGGACCUCCGACGGCGGCGACAGACCCCCCUCCUCCUCGGCCCCUCCGGCCACGGCCGCCUCCGCAUCCUCACCGCCGUGCCCGAUCCGAUCUGCGACUCGUACUGCCGCCGGUCGUACCGGAUGGAUGGUUUGCCCGGGCGGGUACGAGCGGGCCAUCGCCUCUGCCCUUCGCAAGCACCGCGCCGCCCUGCAGCUGCCGGCCGAGGAAGACCCACCCUCUGGGCCGGGGCAGGGCGUCGCGGGGCAUCUCUCUGGCGACCUCACCCUCUUGAGCUUUGUCUACGCCGCCGACCUCGACAGCGAGUGGCGCGCGACGCUGACGGGGUGGCAGGCCGACUCGUUCGGGCACGGCGCGCACCUCCUCUUCCUCGCCGCGACGUGGCUCGAGGUCAAGGGGCGGCCGACCGCGCCGGAAGAGCUUGCUUGGGACGGCAAGGUAGAGGCGGCCUGGAAGGACGUCCUGUCAGGGUGCGCUGCGGCCGCCCCGACACGGUGCGUGGUGCGGAGCGUGCUCGAGUCUGCGCGCGUGGAGACGCGCCAGCUCUACCUCGCGCACGAGGCCAAGCUGCUGGCGCUCGCCGCCGCGCGCACGGUGCCCGCGCUGCCGUGGUUCAACGCGAGCUGGAGUGGCGUCCGACGCGGCGAGAUGCGCCACCACGACCACACGCGCAUCCAUUUCGGCGACGUCGGCCGCCUCUUCCUUGCCCAGCUGACCCUCAACGUGCUGCCGAUCCUGCUCUCGCGGCCUGAGGAGACCCUCCCGCUCCUCCCGCCGCCGCGCGUCGAGCAGCGCAUCAACUUGCAUCGGCUGCGUGCGCGGCCGGGAGGCUAGCGCGCGCGGUGCCGC